AUGGCAGCCGCCACUCCAAUAAGUCGAAAAAUUCUGACUCCAUCACAGAGUUCUGCGCUUCUUUGGCCUCCCUGGGCCAGAUCGCCUGGUUUCACUAUUGUUCCCGACAAGGGGAGCCAGGUCUGGUCGGUCCUGAAGCCUGAGACCGUCUUCGAGACAUACAUACUACAAUCAGCAUCUCCCAAGAACACCAUCAACCUUGAAGUGCCUAUUCAGGCGCUCUCACGGGCGCUCCGGUCGGCCUACAAUGCGACAUCUACUCAAAUCCGACUGACGAAGAAGGACAACGUUCCGAUGCUGUCAUUGACGAUUGUGACCACUUCGUUCAGCAGUGGUACCAAUGUCAUUGCCCUACCGCCGUCGACUUCAGGCGAUGGGGAGCCUGACGCGUUCGACUUUUCUGAGAGUGCGUUGUCCCAAGCCAACGGCGCCAGAGAACGAGAAACCGUCAUCACCCAGGAUAUCCCCGUCAAAGUACUUACCAUGGAGGUGGUGGAAAGGAUCCAUCAGCCGCGGACGCAGGAGCCAGACGUCAACAUCUUUCUGCCUCCGUUGGCACAGAUCAAAACGAUAUCCGAUAGAUUCACCAGGCUUGCUUUGGCCACUACCAAAGUCUCCUCAAACGCCAGCCCACGUCUCGAGCUCAGCGCCAAUAUGCAUGGUUCGCUGAAGAUAUCUGUCAAGACAGACGCACUCAACAUCAGCAGCCGUUGGACGGGUCUGGUCAAUCCUGAGCUGGACCCGGCUCAUUUCCCGGACGGUUCGCAGGGUGUCAGAGACCACCCAAGCACCAAGAUGAAGGAACUAGGCGGACCGACUGGCGAAAACGAAGCCGGAUGGUCCAAGGUCAGGAUCGACGCCAAAGACUGGUCCAGAGUCCUGAGCGUGGGUAGGGUGAGCGCUCGAGUUAUUGCUUGCUUCAUCAAUGAGGGCGGGUUAGUGUUGUACGUGUAUCUGCCGAAUGAUGAAAAUGGGAGUGAGGAUGACUCGUGUUUAACAGUAGGUCUCAAGUCGUGGGAUUCUCCAGAUACAUAUGCUGAUAGUCGACAGUACUACAUUAGCUCUUUUGCUGCGUGA